AUGCCAGGAAGUAGCCUUGGCCUUCGAAAAUCUGACGAAAUCCGCAUCGACCACAUCCGAACGUACCUAGCUUCACUGGCCCUGGCUUUCUCUUUUUUCAUUGAUAGAAACGACCAUCGGGACCACGCCAUAGCCACGAGAAGUGAUCCACGAGAAGUUAUCAAAUCCAUGCAAAAGGAGCAGACACCCUAA